AUGACUUCCAGCUUUGAUGAUGUCCAGCAAAUGAUGGACGAAAGCUCAGCCCAGUUUAACCCGAAACGAAGGUCUCGGGUACUGCGUCAACCUGAACAUCGUAUUAAAGCUAAACGGCUUCAGUACAACGGGAAUCAAACGUCAGCUUCUGGUGAGAUCGACCUUCGAAUCUCUUCUUCAUGCCCUGUCGAUCUAACAAGAAGAGGACCGAUGAAUCCUGUUUUACUGCAGCCGUUUGGCUUUUAUACGACGUUCAGGUUGACGUAG